AUGGCAACACCAGCGUCGACAGCCUGCACUGUUGCUGGGGCCAUGCGGCCGAUCGAUCGACUUCUCUCUAUUCGGGACGAUUGUGUUCAUUGUAGAGGACAUUCAGUAUUUUGCGAAUGCUAUAUCCGCAUGCUUGUUCAGGUUAGCGAGCAACGGCGGGCCAUGGUACGCAAGUUGAAGAUCGUGUGGCAGAUGCAAGACUUUGAUCACCAAGGCUGGCUGGGCGAUUGGAUGCAGGAGCUUCUGGAUCACGACCACGGCGAAUUUAAGAUUCUUGAAUUUCGUCUGUAUUACCUUACAAAACCUUACAAAGGGGCCAUCCGUUUACGGUACCCCGGUGAGGGGUUCGGAGAACGAAUCAAACUGUGUCAAGGGCCACUGAUGGCCAGAGAAAUCGUCCAAGGCCACCUGAGCAAGCGCCGUGGGAAGCUAGCUGUCGAUGUGUGCGCCCGCCAGUCGAUUCGCCAACAUGUCCGUGAUGUUGUCCAGUCUCGGACGGGGCCGGACAUCAGACUCUUUGACUUCGACCUCGAGCCGCGUCAUACCUGGGAGGCCCCUUGUCGCGACAAUGACGCCGCCACUAAUCUUGCGCAAAGUGUCCAUCGAAAAUGA